ACGGCUUACCACGUUAUCUCACAUCCGGCAAGCGACAAUGUCUCUCUUUCCACCGUAUUGUUCUCAUUCUUCCUUGUUGGUUUACCUUGAUGACUGGCGCGUCAAAGGAUAAAUGCCAAAGUAACCUCCUGCCUUUGUUAUUUUUUAACAGGAGCCUAGUCCAGUGCCUUUUUGGUCCAAACACUAAGAUUCGAAGAUCAAGGGUUUUUUUUUUUUUUUUAAAUGCAAACUUUUGACAGUGAUCAAUCAGUUAUUAAAAAAAGGAAACCUGUUGAACGAGGCUGUGGAUCUCACAGUGAGUCACGAGAUGAGAGAAUUCAAGAUCGAGGACAACGUUUUGGCCAGUCUCUUUAGCUUGGAAAAAAUCCACGUGAUUUUAAAUUAAUUAAGAUUGGUAUUCUGUUGAAUUUUGUUGGGGAAUGAUGACGGAAGGGUUAGAAAGCAGAUCAGAGUUACGAAAGGAGCUAGAGAGAGAACGUCGUCGUAUAAGGGACCGGCAAAGAAGGCAGUCUAUGAGUCUUGAGGAAAGAGAAAAGCAUCUGGCUAGACGCCGGCGAAACUAUCAAUUGCGCAGACAGAGAACUGAAACUGCUCGAUUAAACCCUCCUCCAUCUCCAAUUCAAUUUCAACAAACAAGCAUUUCAACAAUUCAAUUGCCCUUAAUCAAUGCCAUAACUUGUGUUUCAGAUGUUAGUCCUCAUUUUAAUUCUCCUACUGCUCUUGUCGGAUUUGAUCAUGGACAAGAAAGACUAAUGCUUCACACAAGAAGCUCCCAGAGUUUGGAAAUCCCAGCUCAUAAGUUAGCUAAUUUACCUGGAAAGGUACGUUUGAAUCGCAUAAAACAUCUGGCACGAGCAAUAAAUGAUCCUGUUGGUGAUGGGGUUGCAAUGAGUGGGAUGAUGAAGGAAAAUGGAACUUCCAAUUGCUUAAUAUCGAAAGGAUUGCGAUUAAAUCGUAUUAAACAUCUUGCUCGGGCAUUAAAUCCUGCUGUGCAAGAGACUCUUAGUCAAAGCCGUCAAAGUGUAACAGGAGUAGGGUGGAGAAAAAGGAUGAUUGCAAUAGCAGAGGAGCGUCACAGAUGUAGACAAUUUGCUGGAUAAGGGUUAGGGAUGUUUAGAAUAGAAUUGCAUGAUGAUAAGAAGAGCCAUCUGCUGCGUGGGACUAUAUGUUGACAUAUGAAGGGGAGGGGUGCUAACAAAUAUAUUAUAGUAUGAUGUUUUGCUCCCUCUUUGCAAAUCCUAUUUCUUAAGCAAUUAUUUCGGUUUGAACAUUUUAUUUUUAAUUUUUUUCUUCGUUUCUUAACUGUCUCCUCCUCCGUCUCCACCAAAUUGUGUAAUGACAUAUCAUUUGUCGGCACCGUUACUAUCACCCUUUUUCUUUUUUCUUUUUUUCACUUGGAUCGGUCUUUCCUAGAAAUGAAUUUUCAUUUUCUGUUCUUGGUUCUAUAUGGGCCAAGUUAAGUUCAUUGUGUUUUGUGCUUGAAAAGAAAAAAAAUAGAGACCGUCAUAAUCAGAAAAGGAGCGUUUAAUUGAACUUUCCAAAAAGUAUGUUGCACCCUCAAGAAAUACAAAUUCUUUGGUACACUGC